GUGGUGGAAAGCAACAUGUUGACGUGAAUGUGCACUUAAAUAAUGUAAGACAACAGGUGGAUUUCAUGAAAAGGAUUCAGCAGGUCACAGACUGCCCUCUUCUGUCAGGAUGGGCUUUAAAUUUAAAGUGUUUUGCUGAAGUACAACCUGUCCACUUCAAAUCCUGUUAUCCUUUGUCCUUUGUCUGUGUGUGUGAAGUCUUAUUUGAACCACAAUCAAUGACGAGGGACUGUUGUGGAACACUUUGUAUGAAAUGUUUCGAGCUCAAGGUUUCUUUACUGUUUUCAUUCUAGUAAAACUAAAUGGGGCUAAUCUCUCUUAAGAAUCUGUCACCGCUGACUGGUGCUGAAACUACCUCCCACUUUAGCAUGUUCAAACAAUGACAAACCAGAUCAUUGCAGGACGAGUUGGACAAGCGACGAUUGAGGAAAACGGUUCAGCAGCAGUAAGGUGUGUCUGUGUCUCGCUGCCGUCAUGAAUGAAUCCUUCGAGAGAGCGGUAGAGGAGGUGAAGGUGCUGAAACAAAGACCAAACAACGGAGAACUGGGUGAACUAUAUGGUUUAUAUAAGCAAGCUACAGUUGGUGAUGUUAACAUAGAGCGUCCAGGGUUUCUUGACUUCGCAGGACGAGCAAAAUGGGAUGCAUGGGUUGAAAAGAAAGGUAUAUCCAAAGAUGAGGCGAUGAUCGCCUAUAUUGAUUUGGUGGAAAUGCUGAAGAAAAAAUUGGGAAUCUAGUUUGAGUCUGUUUGUGUAGAUCACAUGCAAUUGCUAAAAGCAUCUUAAUGUCCGUGCGGUAAAUAUGAAGCUGGAGCCAGCACGCUAGCUUAGCUUAGCAUUAAAAAAAAAAAAAGGUAAUGCAUGCUAAGCUAAUAGCCUACUGGCUCCAGACAUGAGUUCUAUAUUUUCUUAUUUACCUCGCGGUAAGAAAGCAAAUAAAUGUCUAAACUAUACAUGAAGUGCAAAUACAAUGUACAUUUUGAUACAAAAAAGUUUGAACACAGAGCAUCUGUAUAAAGGACUGUCUAUCAAAAAUAAAAACCUCAGACAUCA